AGGCGGGCGCGAGGCGCCUGCGCGGGGCGGUGUCUCCGGCGGGCUCCCAGCGCCCGGCGCCGCCGCCAUUUUGGUGCUCGGCUCCGUGAGGGGAGGGAACGGAACGGCACGGAGCGCCGGGACACGGAGCCCACCCCCAAGCCCCGCUCUCGGCCGGCCGAGCCCUCCCUCCUUCCCUUCCCUUCCCUUCCCUCCCCCCAGCCGGUACCGCAGCCGGCCGGCCGCCCUCGCCGCUUUAUCCCUUGCCGGCCGCCGCUGCUCUUCGCCACCCGCCCGCCCGGGCCCGCCGCAGGCCUGAGGGAGAGGCGGGAAGGAUGCCCCGCACGCCCCGCCGCUGAGGGAGACUCGGGGGCUCUGACCGCCGCCUCCGGCCGGCCCCAGCCCAGCCGCUCCUCGGGGCUUCCUCCUGCCGCAUCCCUCCGCUCCUUUCCCCCCCGGGCUUCCUCGCUGCUGGGCCGGGCGCUCGCCUCUUCCUCCUAGCCCCCAGCCCCGCUCCGCCUGCCGGGCCUCCCCGCCCGGCCCUUCCCUUCCCCGGCUCUUCUCCUCCUCCUGGGCCUUCGGGCUCGUCACCUUCCUCCCUCUCUCCCUCACCCUUCCCCGCCCGGAGCCAUGUCCUCCGCCGCCCGUUUCGAUUCGUCGGACCGCUCCAGCUGGUACGUGGGCCCGGUGUCCCGGGCGGAGGCGCAGACGCGGUUGCAGGGGCAGCGGCACGGCAUGUUCCUGGUGCGGGACUCGUCCACCUGCCCCGGGGACUACGUGCUCUCGGUGUCCGAGAACUCCCGGGUUUCCCACUACAUCAUUAACUCCUUGCCCAACCGCCGCUUUAAGAUCGGCGACCAGGAGUUCGACCACCUGCCCGCCCUGCUGGAGUUCUACAAGAUCCACUACCUGGACACCACCACCCUCAUCGAGCCUGCACCCAGGUAUCCAAGUCCACCAACAGGAUCUGGAACUGCCCCUAUGUCCACUGCAGAAGAAAAUUUGGAAUACGUACGGACUCUGUAUGACUUUCCUGGCAAUGAUGCUGAGGAUCUUCCAUUUAAAAAGGGUGAAAUACUGGCAAUUGUAGAGAAGCCAGAAGAACAGUGGUGGAGUGCCAGAAACAAGGAUGGUCGGAUUGGGAUGAUUCCUGUUCCUUAUGUAGAAAAGCUAGUCAGAUCUCAUGGGAAGCAUGGAAACAGGAAUUCCAACAGCUACGGUAUUCCAGAACCUGCCCAUGCUUACGCUCAGCCUCAGACCACAAGUCCCCUUCCCUCGGUAUCCAGUACACCGGGAGCAGUGAUCAAUCCUCUGCCGUCGACACAGAAUGGACCAGUCUAUGCCAAAGCUAUCCAAAAGAGAGUACCCUGUGCUUAUGACAAGACUGCACUGGCAUUAGAGGUUGGAGAUAUUGUGAAGGUUACAAGGAUGAAUAUAAACGGUCAGUGGGAAGGAGAAGUCAACGGUCGAAAAGGGCUUUUCCCAUUCACGCAUGUCAAAAUAUUCGACCCUCAAAACCCAGAUGAGAAUGAAUGAUUCCCUCUACCCGACUUACACUGCUGCUUCAUUUUCCUGGCUAUCAUUAGCGUUGUUUGAGGUGGAAUGACUAAAUGGCACAUUGCUAGCAUUGCCCGUUUUCCAGCUUGCUGCAGUUUGACAGUUCUUUUAAUAUACAUUUGGAAUACAUACAACCGAAGUCACUGCCUGACCUUCCUGCCGUAGUUGCAUCAACCAGAAUUUGGUUUCGCUUUUAAAACUGUAUUGGGCCGUAAGCUGGAGAAGACUGAACCGUAAGGUGUACAGCAGACAAGUAUGGGAAGAAAACCUUUCUUAAGACUUCCACGGACUUGUUCUGGCCUGCUUAGUAGGAAGAGUCCUAACCUUAGAUCAAACAUGCAACUCGUGUUACUGUCCAACAAAAAGCAACAACAAAAAUGCAAUUUUAGGACUGAAGAAGACUUAGUUUUAAGUGAACCUGUCCUAAGGUAGUACAUUUAUGAUGAUGGUCUCUUUAAAGGACAAUAAUUGAAGCUAUGUAUUCUAAGCAGUUGUAUUAGAAACUGCUCGUUUCUGUUAACUCUUGAGCUUGUUGUUGACCUUCUUGAAACAGUGCGUGUUAAAUACAGAUAACCAUUGA